AGAAAUAAAGCGAUACUUACUUAUUAACAAUGCAUUUCAUCAGAAGUACUUUCUUUAUUCUGUUUUUAAAUUUUAUAAGAUGUUUUAGUGAGAAAUGUCAGUUUGAGUUUUUUACACCAGACAACACUGCGUAUAACUUUAUUCGCAACCAUGGUACUGAACUUUAUUUCAAAGUGCAUGCUUCAAAUGACGCUCAUAUAGGCCUUUUUUCUGUACCACAUAUGAAAAAUCCCUGGUAUGAAAUAGUUAUUGGGGGAUGGGCGAAUUCUAAAUCUGUUAUUAGAAAAAAUAAACAGGAUGAACAUGGUUUUAUAGUAAUGUCCUCUAAUACUAGAAACAUUUUAGACCCAACGAGAUUUAUAGGCUUUUCUGUGAGAUUUCAUAACAGAACUAUUGAUGUAACACGAGAGGAUGAAGAGAAGCCAUUUAUUACUUGGUCAGACACUGUCAAUAUUGCAAAUAUAUCUUAUAUUGGUAUCCACACUGGAUUUGGUUCUACCGGAAACUGGAUUAUAACUAAGUCUACAAAGAACAGAUGUAAAAUUUCUAUUAAUCUAGAUGGAUGUGAUUGCACCUCGAACGUUUGUGUUAACGAAGAGUAAUAAGCAGAUGAAAUAUUAUGUGUACUUUAUAUACAAUACAAUACAUUGAAUUGAACGGUUGAUUGGUGCAAGCAAAUAAUAGCUGUGUAUUUACAGUAUCAGUACAAGUAUUAUUGGUCUAAUAUUCCCAUAUUACUGAAAAAUAAGAUAAUUU